AUGUCAGAAACAUCAGAUUUAUCCUUACCAUCCAUUAUUUCCGCUACCCCAUCUAUUCCAUUACACCCGUCAACAACACGAUCGAUAACUAAUUUCUUCAAUGAACGUGCGUUAGCGAGAGUCAUCGUUGACUUUCAAGAGUCACGAUACUCAAGCAUUCAAUUAGUAGCAGAAGGGGACGAUAUCUUUAUAGAGUUUAAUGGGAGUAGACGGCAGGUCAUUAUUGGGGACAGUAUUAUUUUUGGUAGUAAGAUAGAGAUGCGGGAUAAUACGAGGUUGAAACUCGAAGAAGAGAUACGGGUAUUGUUGGAAUUUCUGGAAGUCAAACAAAAAAAAAUACAAGAGCUUCUACCGCUAAUCAAUAACGACUCAGGGACUUCCCCCGAUACCUCACCUUCGUCAUCAGGAACAGCAACUCCGACAACAACAAGCUCUUACUCGAUAGUCCGCAAUAGUCAAUUGCCCAUCCAAUGGAAGUUGGGCGAGAAGAUGCAGUUAUUGGAGCUGGCACGAUUGGCCCAGGCGCCAACACAAUCAUACAUUACACCAGUAGUAAGUAAUGUUCGGCAAGCGGCAAUUCUAUAUCAGCGUGCACGGAAUGCACUAAGGUCACGAAACUUGCCGAUGCAAGAUAAAUACGUCGCCGCCGCUGACGCCCAUGCGGCAAGCUUAUUCGCGGAGAGCGGCAGCUAUUCUCUAGAACAACAAGUACAUGAUUUAAGCUUUGAUAUAGCCAAACCGAUGACAUGGAAAUCAGUAUCGAAAAGGAAGGCGCAAUUCGCGAAAGUCAAUCAAGUCUUGGGGCUAUGCGGGCGUGAAUUACCACCAAAUUUACUAUCAGUAUCAUUGUGGUUAAAGCCACAGGGAGCGGCGCGGGAUGCGCUUACAUAUUUAAUCGAUUCCGCUAAAGGAGCGGAGAUACCGGAUUCUUCGAGUGUAGAGUCCACCAGACGUCGUCGUUUUCAAAGAAUUUGA